GUAAAGCAAAGACCUAUUCAGUCGAGCAUCGCUUCCACAGAUUGGGAUUGCAUGUCCCAUCGUCCGUCUGAUUAGGCCGGUUAUAUACUGGCAGGAUUAAAUACAGGAAACAGCCAUCUAGUUAUUUUGACCCCUAAACAUAAUAGUCCUGUGAUGGACUUGGGGCUAGUAAUGCAUAGUGGCGGUUGCCACUGCAGGAAGGUAAAAUGGCGGGUUCAAGCACCGAAGAGUGUUGUAGCUUGGGAUUGCGACUGCUCGGAUUGCGCCAUGAGGGGCAACACCCACUUCAUUGUUCCUGCCUCGAGAUUUCAGCUUUUGGGUGAUUCCGAACGGUUUGUUACAACCUACACCUUUGGCAGUCAUACUGCAAAACACACGUUUUGUAAAGUUUGCGGCAUAACUUCAUUUUACCGUCCGCGUUCAAACCCCGACGGGGUUUCAGUUACAUUCAGGUGUGUCGAUCCUGGAACUCUAGUCCACGUCGAGGUUAGGCGUUUCGAUGGAAAAAAUUGGGAGAGCUCGUACGCUCAGACUGGUGUUGCUUCAUGUUCAAAGACAGAUGAAUCUGCACAACGUGAAGGCUCAAGUUGAUUUGUGCCUAGAUUAUUUUGUAGGUUGGUUCAUUAGGAUGAAUUUCGCUUCAGAUGUCAAAGAAUUGUAAGAGAUUGGGAUGCUGGCGUGGUGGGGGUUGGAUUUUCGUUAAAAAUAAUAUUGCUCCUUUUAUUUGGAAUUGAAACUUUAAAAUUUUAUGGCAUAGUUUUAUGACUCGGAAAAAAUUAUUUUUAGACUUCUCUUGAAUUGAAUUCGUAUAUGGGGAAUAAAUUUGUCUUUUAUAUAUGU